AUGGGUGCUGAAAUCGGUGCAACUACCUCACUCUUCCCCUUCAACCGUCGUAUGGUCGACUAUCUCAAUGCUACCAAGCGUUCCGAGAUUGCUCAAUACGCACAGCGCUUUUCACACAACCUUAAGGCUGAUGAGGGCUGCGAGUACGACCAGAACAUCGAAAUUAACCUCUCAGAACUCGAGCCUCACUUCAACGGUCCCUUCACUCCUGAUCUUGCUACCCCUCUCUCAAAGGAAAUUGUGUAUACUUUUGCAGAGGAGGUCAAGAAGAACAACUGGCCCCAAGAACUUAAGGUCACUCUCAUUGGUUCCUGCACUAACUCUUCAUAUGAGGACAUGUCACGCUCUGCUUCCAUUGCCCAUGAAGCUACCGAGCAUGGCCUCAGUGUCAAGAGCAAGUUCGCGAUCACUCCUGGUUCUGAGCAAGUCCGUGCUACCAUUGAACGUGACGGUCAAAUUGGUGCUUUCGAAGAGGUCGGCGGUCUCGUCCUGGCUAACGCAUGCGGUCCUUGCAUUGGUCAAUGGGACAGGAAAGAUGUUAAGAAGGGCGAGGUUAACUCAAUUAUCACCUCCUACAACCGUAACUUCACUGGCCGUAACGAUGCUAACCCUGCCACCCACGCUUUCAUCGCCUCCCCGGAUAUUGUAACUGCCAUGGCCUUCGCUGGUGACCUCACCUUCAACCCGGUUUCGGACACCCUCAUUGACCGUGCUAGCGUUUUGGUUGUAGUUGACCCUAAGAGUGACCGUCUUCAACUCCUCCAUCCAUUCACGGCUUGGAAUGGCGAAACACAUUCGGAUGUUAAAGUUAACUCAAUCUAA